AUGGCUACAACAGUCAAAGACAACAAAUGCGACGUACCAGAGGUGUUUCCUCUCGCAACCAACGACUCCACCACCACGAUAAUAAAUCUUGCCAUUGCUGGAUCCAACUUGCCGUUUGGUAUCUUCGCGUUUCUUAGCAACCUUGCUAUCAUUGUUGCUGCCCUUAAAACACCCUCCCUUCAAAGGCCUUCUAACAUUCUCCUAUGCAGCCUCGCCACAUCAGACUGCCUAAUUGGGUUGGUGGCUCAACCGUUAUUUUUUAUAUGGUGGCUGUUUGUCCAAAGUCCUCAAAAAUGGUGUCCUUAUUUGAAACCAGUUACCAUUGUUUCUUGGAUAUCCAGGAUGCUCCCUAUUGCAUUGUCGCUGACUUACAUGAAAGUUAUCAGCCUGGAUCGCUGCUAUGCAUUGUGCCGCCCUUUGGCCUAUCGGGCAAAAGUCACCAAACGAGGUAAAACAUCAUUUUUUGCUUUUUAUCAGUUCAGAGUGAAUUUUGGGUUGUUCCAGUCCACUGAUAGGGUGGGAGGGGGAGAGGAAAGGGAUAGGUAAACUUCAAAUCGCAAAUGACACAUUUGCACGAUGACGUCAUUUGCCUACAGCUACCAGCUAUAAUAAUUAAGUUUGUUGUUUUUAUAUGAAAAUCAAGGUUAUUGUAUUCAUAAAACCCAGGUGGACUUAGAAAGCUCUUAAACAGUGAAGUAAAGGUUCAGUAAUCAGAAUGUAAUGGGGAGACUUUUAAAACUGGGAACACCUUCCUUAAGAUUACUAUAUAAUACAAAAUGCUUUUUGAAAUAGCUUGCUGGUCCCCACUUGAUGGUCUCUUAUUGGACGCUGUCGCGCAUUGGUUGCGUGAGACUAGCAGAGCCUUUUGAAGACGAAGGAGACCCCUCUUCUUCCCCCCUUCUCAUCACCACUUGUUAAGAGGGACAAUAAAGGGGGGCAACUUGGGGCAAGUCAAUUAAAAUAGAGGCUUUAGGCGUGGGGCAAGAAGUCACGUGAAUAAAAGGAGCAAGAAUCCCGAAAGAGCAAAAGAAAUUAAUAACUCAAGAAAAAAAAUGUAAAUUGCUUUUUUACCCACGAAGCACUUAGGAGUUCGUACGAACUCGUUUAAACGUGUCCGUGCGUUCCAGAUCGAAUUGGAAUUUGGAAGUGUUGGUUUUUAAGGAGAGGGGAAAACCGCAGUAUCCGGAGAAAAACCUCUCGGAGCAAGGAAGAGAACCAACAACAAACUCAACCCACAUAUGGCGUCGACGCCAGGAGUUCGAACCCGGGCCACAUUGGUGGGAGGCGAGUGCUCUCACCACUGCGCCACCCCUACUUCCCAGGAAGUAUUUUAUUUUAUUUUAGACUACCAAAAAUUGUAAAUAGAAUAAAAAAAACUGGGACAUACAAAUCCCUUCUUAAAGACCAUUGUCACAGGAUUCGCCAUUUUUUUAAUGAGCAAGUGUAAGACUGGGCUAAUAGUAGCUGAUGUAUUCCAAGAAACGGGUUGCAAUACUUCUACCAUGAUAGCUUUUUUUCCCGUCUAUUACUCCAUUUACACUCUUGGAUCGAAUUUCUGUGUUUUAUAUGCUUUUUCAUGGCCUGGCUCCAGCACUGAAUUUAGCCACUCGCGCGAUGUCCAUUCAUAUAACACGCGCCAUAGAGAUUUGCUCCGUCUGCCGCUAGCUAGGACAACUAAGUACGAGGGUUCCUUCAGGUUCAGCGGAGCCAAGAUCUGGAACACGCUACGCUUCCUCUGAGCAUGAUAUUAAAAAGUUUGCGUUUGGUAUAAAAAGGCACUUUAGAUCCAAGCAUAAUUGAGCCUCCCUUACCGGGAGUUUUGUUAUACUUAGUUGUACCAUUUUUUUUUUUAAUCUUUUUUUGUCUUGUGUGUUAGUUUUUCUUUUCAUCAGGGCCCCAUUCAAACCAGCCUCGCUGAACUGGGCAUUCCCUGAAUAAAUAUUGUUUAAAAUAAAUAAAUCAUAUUUUAAUGUUUUAUAUUCCACUAUGAAUCCAGAGAUGGACUUAGACUUUAAUUUUGUUAAAACUUUUUACAUUCUUUUCGCAGAUGCUGUAAAGAUUUCUGUGAUCACCGCAUUGACUGCGAUGGCAUUAGUUGUACUCUUAAACAUCCUACCAUUAAUUCAUGCUACAGUUAUUUCAGCCAUAAUUUGUAUUGUUUUCGUCAUUUUCCCAAUUGCCAAUUAUAUAAUAAUGUUUGUGGCUGUUCGUUACCACAACCGUAAGGUGCAAGACAUGGUUUCAUCCCUGCAAUUGCAAGUAAUACUGCGACGCGAGAAAAAAGUUGCCAUGAAUAUGUUUAUUGUUUUUGUUGUUUUUGCAAUUUGCGUGACUCCAAAAUAUGUGUCUCUCAUCCUUUCUCAAUCAUUUGGCAGCCUCUACCCUAGUAUUUAUUUAUUGUCCACAACUUUAUUGAUGCUGAACUCGAGUAUAAAUCCAAUUCUUUAUAUCUGGCGCGACUCUGGCCUCAGAGCCACUCUAAAGUCUUAUGCAUGGUAA